CGCAACCAAGAGUUCAUUCGCUGUAUAUACAUAGAGAUUAUUGACCGUCGUUUCCACAGUCUCUACUCAUCUCAUCCUCGUCCUUGCCCCUCCAUAUCCCAUCCUCCCCUAUUCGCUCAGUCUCUCUCGCCAUGCUCGACUCCCUGCCCACGCCCUCGCGCGACCUCGAAGCUCUCGCACAAGAAGAAAAGUCCUUCACCUUCGCGCAUUUUACCUGCGAACAUGCCUGGGUAAUCGGAAACAUCCUCCGCAACGCCCUUCGCACCGCCGACGCCUCCGCUAUAAUCCACAUUUCGCUUGCCUCAUCCAUAACCCUCUUCCACUCGCCUAGCAUGCCCGGCAUGAUGCCGGACAACGAAACCUGGGUGUCGCGGAAACGCGCGACAGUGCUUCGCUGGGGGCAUAGCACGUGGUAUAUGCAGUGUAAGUUUGAUGGGGAUGAGGACGCUUUUGCGGGGAAGUAUGGGCUGGGGAGUGAGGAGCGGGGGAAGUAUGCGAUUCAUGGGGGUGGGUAUCCGAUUUUUGUGAAAGGGGUGGAGGGGGUUGUGGGGUGUAUUGUUGUCAGUGGUUUGAGGCAGGAGCAGGAUCAUAUGGUGGUUGUGAAGGCGGUUGAGGAGUAUAGGGAGUUAAGGGAUGGGUUUAAGAGUCCUAUGAGGAGUAUGACAGUAAAAUGAUGGAUGUAUUCUGAAUGCGAAGAGGUGGUGGGAGGGUAGCUGGAUAGGUGUGCGCCGGUAGCGGGGAUGUCUAUGUCGAAGGCGGAUUAGGAAACUGCGUCCCAUGUUGACGACGGUCAGUCUUUGCUACUCAGGGACGACAUACCUAGCUUGGCCCCACCCGCCCUCACCAACCUCAAAUAAAUACCCUGCGACAGU